UGGUUCUACUCUCACUCUCUCUCUCUGUGUCGGUAAAAGUUUCGUCUCUUUCUUCCUCAGCUGCUCUCGCUUCUCAGAAAACACCCUGUUCAUUGGUUGCUCUCCGUGUAUUGCAGAUUCCCACUUUAAUUUAUUCAGUUUUGUUUCUGGGAUUUUGUUAAAAUUGUCGAUUGGCAAAGUUUAUGAGAAUAACUUCAAAGUUUAUAUAUACAAGUCUGUGGCGCACUAACCAUGGCCUUGGUGUUUGAUGAAAUUUUUGGCAGGUUUCAACGCUCUUUGUACUUCUUUUGAUCGCUAGCGAAUAGACGGUGACCCAGAUAGUCAUUUGCCAUUAUAGUUUGAUUGUGGAAUUUUAACGGGAAUUUGAAUAUUAACGCUUAUUUUGGCCCUGGUGAUUAAGGUUCUCUGCUAGUUCAUAUAAUGGUGAAAGCUAGAGGUGAUAGUGCAAGCCACUUGGCUGGGGGUCUGGACAGUUUUUUGAGAAAAUGCAUUUUUAGUAUCCUGUCUGUGGGUCCCCUUCCCAAUCACAUUGCCUUAAUCAUGGAUGGAAACAGAAGGUAUGCAAAAAAGCAGAACAUGGCAGAAGGGGCUGGCCACAAGGCUGGGUAUCUCGCUCUCAUGAGGGUGCUUUCUCACUGCUAUGAACUGGGAGUGAAAUACGUAACAGUCUAUGCCUUCAGCAUUGACAAUUUCAAAAGGCGUCCUGAAGAGGUUCACUCGUUGAUGGAUCUAAUGCUAGAAAAGAUUGAAGAGCUGCUCGAGGAAGAAAGUAUUGUAAACCAAUAUGGUCUCAGAAUAUAUUUUAUUGGUAACCUGAAACUUUUGAAUGAGCCUGUCAGGGUUGCAGCUGAAAGGGCAAUGGCAGCUACUGCCAAAAACACCAAGGCUGUACUUUUAAUCUGUGUGGCGUAUACUUCUUAUGAUGAGAUUGUGCAUGCUGUUCAAGAAUCCUGCAAGGCUAAAAGGAAUGAAACUGAAGCACUGAAUGCAACUAAAGGUAUCAAUAGUGUGCCUGGAGUUGAAGAGGACAUGAAAAUAAAUGAAGUCAUUGUGUGCAAUCUUCAAGUAUCUUGUGAAAAUAGCUCAAGUAAAUUCCGAGCAUUGAACAGAACUACAGCUUGCAAUGGUGUGAUUGGAGUUGAAAAGAAGAAUGGAGUCGCUGUGCAUCAUCCUAUUCAAGGAACCAGUGAAGAUGGGUGGGAUGAAGUUGCUAGUACAACUCGCAAUGGUGAGAUUGAAGGAAAUGAAGAGAGCAAAGAGAAGCAAGUGGUGCUUCCUACUAUCAAGGUGUUGGACAUUGAGAAGCACAUGUACAUGUCAGUGGCACCCGAACCAGACAUUCUGAUCCGAACUUCUGGUGAGAACCGGCUCAGCAACUUUCUCCUUUGGCAGACUACUAACUGUCCAUUGUACUCUCCCACUGCAUUGUGGCCAGAGUUAGGUUUUUGGCAUUUGGUGUGGGCAGUAUUGAACUUCCAGCGAAGCUACCAGUAUUUUGAGAAGAAAAAGAAGCAGCUGUAAGGCCACACAAAGUCCUACUUUAUUUCAUAAUCCUGCAUUACUUUACUGGGGAAAUUCUCAAAUUCCUCUAAGAGUUGGCAGCUUUAUAGUUACUUUGAAUUGUCAAAUGGUCAGGCCUGCUGAUUUGUAUUUGGGGCUUUAAUUAGCCAGUGAAUUGAUAUUGGAUGUACGUAUAGGCCAUUAUUUAUGGUGAGAGAUAGGAGGGGAGGAGAAGACUCAUAAAUAAAAGCCCCAAGCCUACUUGUAUGCUACCUUAGUUUAUAAAACUAUAAUGAAAUUAAGUAUUCUGAUUUCCAAA